UAUAGAUAAGACAUCUAUUCUUUUCGCUCCUUUUUUCAUUAAUAGCAAUUAGAAAAUAUUACAGAUAAUUUGUUUAAAGUUUAUAUUUGUGGUAUUAGUUUUAUUUAAUAUUUAACAUUUGUUUAGUUUUUAAAUUUCAUUUUAAUAUGUUUUUUUAGAUAGUAAAUUGUUUUAUUAUUUACAGUUUUUUUUACAGUAGUGUAAAGAUUAUUUAUACAUUUAAAGACAAAGAUCUCUAAUGAUAUUCUGUUUAAAAACAUUUCCAUUAUUAUAGUUAUUAAAUUAAUUUUUAACGAACUCGUGUGUCUAUAAAUUUAAUUACUAUGUCAUAAAAAUACAAAAAAAUUAUGAAUCAAUUUGUUAAAGAUACUUUAAAUUUGGAUUUUCCAUUUAGGGAAGCACAAGUGGAUUUGUUGUGUAAUUUACUUGUAAAUGUUAGCACAUUUAAUCCAUUUACAUACAUGUCUAUUUAAGUAAAUAAUAUAAAUAAAUAUUGUGUUAUUUAUGUGUAGAAUCAAUCUGUUUUACCGCCAUGUUUAUUUAUACAUGGUCCACCAUCUUCUGGCAAGACAUGUUUAGUUACUCGUUUGUUACAUUUAAUUGGUGAUUCAAUUAAAUCAUCAAUUGUGAAUUCUGUCAGCUGUUAUACAAAUCGAAUACUUUUUGAACUUAUUUUACAUGAUUUAUUAGGUAAUUAAAUAUAAUAUUACUACUAACAGGUUUAACUGUGUUUAAUAUAUUAUAUGUGUAUAUAUAUGUUUAUAGAAGAUACAGAACUUAACAACACAAGGUGUGACCAUUUUGUGCAGUUUUUAAAUGUUUUAAAACAAGCUAGAAUUCAAAAUGAACGAGUCAUUAUUGUUUUGGAUAAAUGCGAGAUGUUGGAAUACAACCAAAUACAUGUACUAUCAAAACUACAAGAAUUAAUUAAAAGUUAUGAACUUUGUGUUAUAUUUAUAAGCCAAGUGUCACCGACUAUAUUUGAUGAAGACAUUGAUUUUAUACCAGUAAUAUUUGAACAAUAUAAUAGUGGUAAUUUUUUUUUACUACUUUUUAUUAAAUAAUAUGAUGUAUUUAGAGAUGCUAAGAGGGGAUGGGAUAGUUGCCACACAGUACCAAAAUUGUGAUAUUUGUAAUUUGUACUAUUUAUAAUAAAUAUUGUAUUUUUAAGGAAAAAUAUUACUUAGCUAUUUAUUUUUGAAUUUGAAGAAUUUGAUUGAUAGGUACUGUAAAUCUAUGAUUCAAUAAUAGGGAAAAUUAAAUUAAAAAUAAAUUUAUCCUGGGAAGAAUUAGAAAAAGGAGCUAGAACAUAAAAUUUAACAUCGUCCUAGGGUGCUUAAAUCCCUAGCUACACAUUAUUUCAUAUUAAUAAGAAAAAUAUUGAUAAAUAAUAAUUUAUUAUUUUCUAUAAAAAUUAUUUUGUUUUGUUUAGUUGAAAUAAAUGAAAUUCUAUCAAAGGAAAAACCUAAGAAAUGGAGUAAGGAGGUCUACAACAAUUUUCUAACUGUUUUUUGUGGAUCUUUUAUUGGCAACUGUCGAGAUUUAGUAGAAUUAAAACAUUUGGUAAGUAUACAAAAUAUGAGUUACUCAUUACGUAAUAUAUUUUCAAUUGUUUUAUUAUAUAGGCUAACCUUCUAUUUACUAAGUAUGUAGAGCCAAUAAAAGAUGGACAGUGUACUGAGCUAAACCAAAAUUUACUAUUCAGAAAAAUAAGCCCAACUAUUCAAUUAUUGUUGAAUAAUGUUUACCUGGCUACUAGGUAUAUACAUUUUAUUUUUAUUUUUUUUAUAUACUUACCACUAGGUUAAUAUUAUAAAAUGUCUGUUAUUAUGAAAAAUCUAAAAGAUUAACGAAUUGUUAAAUGAAAAUGACAAUGAUGAUUUAAGAAUGUUUUGCACAAGAAAAGCAAGUAAAAAAUUUUUGAAUAAUUAAAAAAGAAUGUUGUACAAAUUUGUUGAGAUUUUAGUGUGAAAAAAUAUACAGAUGUCUCACGAAAAUAUACACAUUGUAAUAUCUCCAAAGAUAAAAGAGAUAAUCAAAUUCUGAUUUUUUUUUUUUUUUAAGGAUAAGGACUACAAAUAUUUAUAUUUGAAUUAAAUUUGUGUUUUAGUAAAAAAAUAACUUUGUUUUAUUAUUUUUGAAAACAUUUGAAUGGAGCCAUUUUAUAAAGUUUAAUUCAUCUGAAAACUUUGAUGUAUCAACUUUUUAUUUUCAUUGAAUUCAUGAUUUUCAAUAAUUUCUUUAAGUUCAGUGAAAAAUGUGUGCAGACAAUUGUCCAUAAUGAUAAUAAUCAAUUAUUGAAUGUGAUUAUAGCUUACUACAUAAUUGUAGGUACUUACUUUUCUCUGAAUUUAUUUUUUGUUUUUAAAUCACAAAUUAAAUUAAAAUAAAAAGUUGAUAUGCUAAAAUGUGCAGAAGAAUUAUUCUAUUUUAAUUAUUCUAAUUAUCUAUUAAAUGCUCUCUUCAACUUUUCGAAUAAAAUUAAUUAAUUUUUUAGUGUUUUACCAAAACAUAAACAUUUAAAUCAAAUAUAAAUAUUUUUAGUUCUUAUCCUUGUGAGUAAUAUAAAAAAAAUUAGAAUUUGAUUAUCUUUAUUAUCUCUGGAUACAUUACAAUGAAUAUAUCUUCGUUAAACAGUAUAAUGAAGUUGGACUAUGAAUUCAGUGUUUUUAUUUUUAGCGAUAUAAAUGGUAGGAAAUAAAUUAAAAUUGAUCAUACAAAAUCACUUAAAAUAAAAUAUAAAAUUAUUAUUUCAGUUUAGAAAAUAUGGAAAGCUUGAAUGAAGAUAAAGUUAAAUUUGAAAAGAUGGCUCUGGAUUUACCAUACUAUGCUAAAUAUUUUUUAAUUGCUGCGUAUAUUGCAUCAUUCAAUUCACCUAAGUACGAUAGACAAUUGUUUGUUAAGGUUUCAAACAAAAAACGAAAAAUUAAGCCACCAAAAAAAUUAGAAAUUUCUACUAUUGAACUGGUUGGACCUAAAAUAUUUUCAUUGGACAGAUUAUUAGCAAUAUUUUAUGCUAUUAUUGAAGAAAAUACAAACAUGACAGCAAAUCUUUUAGCCCAAGUAUAGAAUAUAUCUUAUUGAUUAAAACGGAUUUUUUUAUUCUUUUUAAACAAUUUUUAUCAUAUAUUAUGUUCAUUAUUUAUUUGUUUAUACUAAUCACAAUUUUUUCAAUUUGAAAAUAAGUAUAUACUUUUGGAAUUUUUAUGUUUGAUUCAUUACUAGAUUAAUACUUUGACUGAUUUGGGACUUUUAAUACGUUUGGGUGAUGGAAAAUUGGACAGUACUAAAUACAAAUGCAGUGUUGGUUUCGAAUGUGUUAAUAAUAUUGGAAAGUAAGUAACAAAGGAAAUAAAAGUAUCAUUUGUUUCUUAUUUUUUUUUUAUUGUUAUUAUUUCAGGACAGUGAAGUUCAAUAUAGAAAAGUAUCUUAUAGAUAAAUAAGCAUUAUUUAUAUAUAUGCAACAGAAUAUUUUGUUAAAAAUAAAUUAUGCAAUUGUUUUUUAAAAAUACUUAAAAAUAAAAAUUGUUGAGAAUUUUUUGCAAAACUAAGAGUUUUUUAGCUGACAUCUUUUUUAAUGACUAAGGCAUAUAUACUUUAUUAGUCUUUUUGGUGUAAUGCAAAAAAAGUAUAAGAUAAUAUUGACAUAAUUUUUACAUUUGAUUUGUUUUAUUAUAAUAAGAUACAAUAUUUAUUGUAUAGAAAAUUUAAAAAAAAAUUAGUUCAGUAGCAACUGUAAGUUUUUUUGCCUUGAUCCACAGAUUUAAUUUUUCACCUACUCACCUUUAUCCACCCUACCACACCUUGUCCACUAUCUUGAAUUUUGUCCAGUUUCCUUUGAAGUUAUUAAUGGACUUUAUUUCCAGUCUAAAAUUCUUUCAAUGACUUGUUUUUUAAAAACAUAAUCACUUUUGUUAUAUUUCUGAACACCCAGGCACCGACCUGUUGUGAAUUAUGUGAUUUAAAUACACUUCACACCACUGGUUUAGCUGUCAAUCCAUAAAAAAAAUUAUAAAAAUGUAAUUAUUCAAAAAAAUCGGGGAAAAAAGACAAUGUUUGUACUUUUAAUUUUUCUUCCCGCCAACCAUUAAUUUUCUAACCAGGAAAGUUACUGAAGUUAGGAAUAAGUUGAAUUAAGUUUUUCAGAAAAAAUAUACACGUAUAAUCAAUAUUAAAAAAUUGUUCUAUAUAAGAUAUCAG